UCUUAACAUAAAAUAGGAACAAUAAUACACUUUAAAAAUCAAAAUUUCAUGUACAAUGUACAAGUACUAGGCUAAUUUUAAAACUAACUGUCUUAUUAGCAAUGGCAAAAUUGGUUAAUGACAUAAUAUAAAGCCGAACACCCAAGUUUGAGUAAGCCAUUUGUUUGACAAAUAAAAUUUAAGAAACACAAAAUUUCAAUAAAUAAUCACACAGUCCAAUUGGAUGCUUUGUAACUUCGUGGGAAUAAUCAGAAUUAUCUCCAAAAAAUUGUUAACGAAAACAGUGCAUUAUAGUAUAUUGAAUUGUCAAUCUGAUGAAGAGCAUGGAAAAUAACAAUUCUAGUUAAUUUUAAAAUUAUUUUUAAUUAAUGGCACAUCGUCCGCAUGCAGCUGCAAGUGCGACUAGAGCAGUCUCCCAUCAUACGGGUCUAACUGCAGGCCAAGCUUCCGCACCGGUCGUAUUAAAUUUGCCCGAGAAACGCGAAAAUAGAAAAUUUACCGACGUUUUCUUCCUAAAUUGUUGGAUUAUCGCUGUAAUUAUAUUAAUUUCCUUCAUUAUUUAUUGUUCUGUAUUAUCGGAUUUCGCUAGGCUAAAGGGUUACGAUGAAUGCGGUAAUAUUUGUGGCCGAUCGAAUAAAAUUCUUAAUGGAAUACCUUGCUCAGGUCAAGAUUUUACUCAUUCUCCACUGUUACAAGUUGAAGAAACGGAAGAAAAAAGAUGGAAGUUCCAUUCAUAUUCACGAAAGUGUGUCGCAAGUUGUGAAGAAGGAUAUGUAAAGAGAGGUUCAUUUUGUUUUAAAAAACCAGAAAAUGCAAAACCCGAAGAUCUCGAAGAACAAGAUUUUGAAGCUUUUAUGACUGAAUAUGGGAUUACUUUCAUAUUGGCCUCUUUAGUCUCUCUAUGUUUAACACUCACGCUGUUCUUUAUGUUGAAAAUCAUUACACCCAUUAUAGUAUGGACUGUACUUUUACUAUCCGGUGCCAUUAUUGUCGGCGUAAUUUGGUACGAAUACUAUCGAAUCAAAACAGCCGAAAAACCUUCCAACGAUGGUUUAAUUGUCAUGAUUUGUGGAGUAAUUAUAACGUUUCUCUGGAUAUUUCUGCUUGUGUACCUUUUCCUCGUGAUCAGAAAGAUUAAAGUGGUCACGAACAUAUUGAAAGCAGCCACUGAUAUAAUUUUCGAUGUGCCAGCAGUUUUAUUCGUUACUUUAGCAGUUAUCUUAAUGGAACUCAUUAUUUUGGUGCUGUUCUUUUAUACGAGCCUCAUACUUUAUUCAUCGGGCGUAUUAAGCGAAUACAACGAAACGACUUACUACUUCCGUUACAACGCUGCUAUGCUAUUUACAAUUGUUUUUAACAUUGUAGUUACCGUGUGGACGUUAAUAAUCUUAUUCAAGCUCCAAUACACUAUCAUAUCUGGUGUUAUAGUCAAAUGGUACUUCGCCAAAGAUAAAUACAACUUGCACAGUCCGAUAAUGAACAAUUCGAUAGUGGUGCUGAAAUACCACUUUGGCAACGUCGUUUUUGGUUCCCUAUUUGUGCAUAUUGUCGCUGUACUCAAAGGUGUGUUAACGGCUUGUACCAAACGAAAUAUGAGCGAUAAAAAUCGGUGCGGUAGAUGCAUGAAGAGGGUCAAAUUUUGCCUUCUGGCUUCAUCCCAAUACGCCUUUAUUGAGACUGCAAUGCGCGGCAAGCAGUUUCGUCCGUCAGGCAAGAAAGCAGCCGAUGUGAUCUUGCGUAACCACAUGGACAUCAUCUCCAUGAAUUACAUCAGCGAUUGGAUUAUCAUAACGGCUCAAUUUUUAAUCGCAGUCGUUUCUUGGUCCUUAAUUAUCGCCUAUCGUACUAUGCACAUCAGUACUCACAUACCGAGCGGCACAACAGUGUUUAUCGUCGUUUUCGUCAUUACCCUAUGCAUACCAUCGUCCUUAUUUUCUGUACUCGAAGUAGUAGUUGAUUCAAUUCUGCUUUGUUUCUGCGAAGAUGCAACUGCUAAUGACGGUAAGUCGCGUCCGUACAUUAUGGACCCCAAACUUGUGGCGUCGCUUAAAACGUAUGACAAGGUAAAGAAGUAGAAUGGUAGAAAACGGUACUGUAGUACAAAUUUAAUUGUAGCAAUUUAGUGCGGUUGUACAUUUUGGUAGUGUUUUAUGUGAAAUUAAAAUUUUUGAAGUGGUC